AUGGCAGCACUACGGAGGAAAUUUGGCGAGGACUAUCAGGUGGUGAACACCAACCGGAGCAUGACUUUUUCCGCACCGGUGAAGAGGAAGAGGCAGCGCUUUGUGGAGAAGAACGGUCGCUGCAACGUCCAGCACGGUAACCUUGGCGGGGAGACGAGCAGGUACAUCUCCGAUCUGUUCACCACGCUGGUGGACCUCAAGUGGCGAUGGAACCUGCUCAUCUUCAUCCUCACUUACACAGUUGCGUGGCUGGUCAUGGCUUCCAUGUGGUGGGUGAUCGCCUACAUUCGCGGCGACCUGAGCCACGGCGGCCACGACUCGUCCUACACCCCGUGCGUCGCCAAUGUGUACAACUUUCCCUCCGCGUUCCUGUUUUUCAUCGAGACGGAGGCGACCAUCGGCUACGGCUACCGCUACAUCACGGAGAAGUGUCCGGAGGGCAUCAUCCUGUUCCUGUUCCAGUCGCUGCUGGGCUCCAUCGUGGACGCCUUUCUCAUCGGCUGCAUGUUCAUCAAGAUGUCGCAGCCCAAGAAGCGCGCCGAGACGCUCAUGUUCAGCCAGGACGCGGUCAUUUCGCAGCGGGACGGAAAGUUGUGCCUCAUGUUCCGAGUGGGGAACCUGCGCAACAGCCACAUGGUGUCCGCGCAGAUCAGGUGCAAACUCAUCAAGUCCCGGCAGACCCCAGAGGGAGAGUUCCUGCCCCUGGACCAGUGUGAGCUGGACGUAGGUUUUGGGACGGGGGCGGACCAGCUCUUCUUGGUGUCGCCUCUAACCAUCUGCCACGAGAUCAACACCAACAGCCCGUUCUUCGAUCUGUCGCAGCGCUCGCUCAUGAACGAGCAGUUUGAGAUUGUUGUUAUUCUGGAGGGCAUCGUAGAGACCACAGGUAUGACAUGCCAGGCCAGGACAUCUUACACCGAGGAUGAAGUCUUGUGGGGCCAUCGUUUCCUGCCUGUCAUGUCGCUGGAGGAGGGCUUUUUCAGAGUCGACUACUCCCAGUUCCACAACACCUUCGAGGUCCCUACGCCUCCGUACAGUGUCAAAGAGCAAGAGGAGAAGUCCUCACUGACAUCGCCCAACCCGCUACCUGUUGCACCCACUCCUUCCUCCCCUCUGCUGGGCAACGGUGGUCGAGGAGGCCGCAGGGAAAGACUCCUGUCAGCCGACUAUGCAGACCAUGUGGAGGACCAAGCCUCCAGGCUGCCCAGCAAACUCCAGCGCAUGAGCUCCACCAAGGAGGAGCACCUCUGGAAGGGGCUGAAGACCGGGCCAGCGUUGCCUGGAGGGAAAGCCUCCAGCACGGGGGACCUGCCACUUAGUAUUCAGAGGCUGAGGUCCAGCUCCAUCCCAGCUGUGAGGCAUGGACAGCCGGAGGAGCAGGUCCAGCUGUUGUCCCUGGAUGGAGAAGCAGAGGAGAGCGAGCUGGAAAAACAUAGACAGCCAGCAGCCAUAAGCACCAUGGCUGCUCCAGCUCCAACAGUGCAGAUCCCGUUGGUCGGGAGUCGGCCGGAGGACAACCUGCCGCCCAAGCUGCGCAGAAUGAAUGCUGACCGCUGA